ACGGAGGACGGCUGGGAGUCGCAGCCCGGGACUGUAAAUAAGACCGCUAAAACUGUGUUUUAUUUACAAAAGUGAUGCCGGCUGUUUUAAGAGACCGUUCCCAGUUGUUUUAAGUCGUUUUUUUUUGUCAUUUUUGGCUCUAUUUCUCGCCUAUUUCCGUGUGGUUUUUACACUACGCGUAUAAUGGCGAACUCGGCUAACUCGAACCCAGUGCCUAAACUAUAUAAGUCUGUGAUUGAGGAUGUGAUCAAUGAGGUGCGAGAGCUGUUCCUGGACGAGGGAGUGGAUGAGCAGGUGCUCCUGGAGCUGAAAACGCUGUGGGAAAACAAACUGUUGCAGUCCAAGGCAGUGGAGGGCUUCCAUACUGAGGAGCAGGCAGCCCUGCAGGUCGCUCAGCAGCAGCAGCAGCAGCAGCAGCAGCAGGUUCAGCAUCAGGUUCAGCAUCAGGUUCAGCAGGUCCAACAAGUCCAGCAGGUGACGCAGCCGGCGCAGACCCAGCAAGUCAUUCUCCCCCCUCAGCAGCAGCAAGCUCCCCAGACGCAAGUCAUCGUUCAGGAUUCCAAGAUUCUGCAGCACAUGAGUGCAACAGGGAUGAGUGCAGCAGCUACAGCAGCAACCCUUGCUUUGCCCACAGGGGUCACCCCGUACCAACAGCUCAUCACCAGCCAAGGUCAGAUCCUGCAGGUGGUCCGUGCUCCCAACGGGGCUCAGUACAUCAUCCAGCAGCCGCAGCAGCAGAUUGUCCUGCAGCAGCAGAUGCAGCCUGGCGGCGUGCAGGCCCCGGUCAUACAGCAGGUAUGCCCCAUUAGACAGGUCCUGGCUCCGCUGCAGGGCGGCAUGCCCCAGCAAACAGGAGUUAUCAUCCAGCCGCAGCAGAUUGUCUUAGCUUCAGGAAACAAAGUCCAAGGCAAUACACAGGUGAUGCAGGCAACAGCUCUGGCGCAGCAGCCUGGUCAGGCUGGACCAGCUCAGGUCCAGCAGGUCCAGCAGGUCCAUCAGGCCCAGGGCACAGCUGCACCACAGGUCACACAGCAGGCCCAGCAGCAGGCCCAGGCUCAACCCCAGCCACAGCAGCCUCCCAUGAUACUGCAGGCGGACGGCACCGGAGACACUUCCUCAGAGGAGGACGAGGAUGAGGAGGAGGAAUACGAUGAAGAUGACGAGGAGGAGAAGGACAAGGAUGGGGGAGAGGACGGGCAGGUGGAAGAGGAGCCACUGAACAGUGGUGAUGAUGUCAGUGAUGAGGAGGACCAGGAGCUGUUUGACACAGAGAAUGUAGUGGUGUGCCAGUAUGACAAGAUUCACAGAAGUAAGAACAAAUGGAAAUUCCACCUGAAGGAUGGGAUCAUGAAUCUGAAUGGGAGAGACUAUGUCUUCUCCAAAGCCAUUGGGGAUGCCGAAUGGUGAAAAACAAAGAAAAGAGAAAAAAAAAAAGGGGAGAAAAAAAACAGAAAGCAGCAGGAACUCUGUAACUCCCUCUAUCCAGUUAACAGACACAUCAUCCUUCCAUAUCCUGUGACUGGAUUCAUUUCAGGAAACAACUUCUGAGUCUCUGAGAACUCUGACAAACCCAGCGGACUGUGAGGUGCCGUAAAACCUGAGUGUUGUCAAAACCACUCGGCUGGCCUUGCAGGAUGAGAAACCCACAGGGGAAGGGAACGGCUGCAAACGGAGUCCUCUUGAUCUUUCUUUGCUUCUUUCAGGCUUCUCAACGUUCUCCCUGAGAGAAUUCACACACAAUGGAAAGUAAGCAUUUCACACUAUACAGGUGUAGUGGACCAGGGUGACCUGACCUGCCCUGACACAGGUGGGUCAGAGGUCAUUCAUUAUAACCUAGUAUAUGAGAAAUGCCUUCAUGACUGCACUGUAGUCGGUUGACUGGAUUGACUCGUGUCUUCAUGUAAGUCCAAACUUUUAGUGCCACCAGUCAAGAUUGCUGCCUUUAGAGCGGCCAGAAUCAAUUCUGAAUCAAUUCUGACUCAAUUCAUGUUUAUGAAAAUGGUGCUCCAGAGUGUUUUAUGUAGUUAACAACCUGUUAUUGUUUUAAACUUUUAAAAAGUGUUUCAUGAAGGGUCAAGACAAAGAAGGUAAAAUUACAUUAAUUCUAGAAUAACUAAUAGUUGUUUAUAGGCAUUAUUUUAUUCUGAGUGCUCAAUCCAAAUAUAUUGUUAUUUUUCUCAUUUGCUUCUCUAGAGCUUCAUUCCAUCUUUAUCCUUCUCAAAAAAAGAGCAGAUCCAAUACCCAAUUCAUUUAAGAAAUGUACAAAAUGUCUGAAGGUUUGUCCCGUUGGUGUAUCUUCUUUGCUCUUAUUUUAGUUCCCUGCAGCCGUCUGAAAAUUUGCACUGUUUAUCAAUGUGUUGUGAAAUCAGUCAAGUUAAUCAAUAGCCACAGUGUGCUCUCUUCUAUUUGUAUGUGUGCGAGAAAGUGUGAUACAGGGACUGACUGUACAGACAUGUGGGGAGUGUGGAUGUUGAUUGAUGUGUGUGUUGUCACCGCUUUACUCUGGAAAUAUAUUUGUUUAUUUUUUUUGCACACCCAUAAUCUCAAAAUGUUUCAGUUAAACAGUAAAAUAGUUUUUAGUGGGGACAGAGCAAAGUCCUUUAUCUUAAUUUAUUCCUGAAAAUUCAAGAAUUGUUCUUUUUUUUUUUUUUUUUUUUUUUUUUUUUUUUUUUUUUUAAAAGGUUUGAAAGCCGCACCAAACUGUGCUCUUAUAAUCUAAUAAGUGUUCCUUUUUUUUCUCCUCUGUUGGUUGGGCAAAGCUACAUGACGCUGUGUUCCAAAUAAUUUCGUCCACCAUAUGUUCUCCUGGGCUUUCAUUUUAUUCAUGACUUUUAAACGAGAAUAUUUUCUAUUGAAGCGAGUUAACUCUGGGGCCUGUGUGUUUCUCUGCAGUUUGUUUUUAGUGCCCCUGUUGCAGCAAUUUGAAAUAAAGUAUGUGUUUUUUGACUCUGGUGUCAAUUUGGUUGAUUGCUGGCUAUAUAGAGUAUGUUUUUAAAUAAACGAUUAAUACCAAGAAAGCACUCAUAAGGUUAAAAAUGCAGAACGAAGAAAAAUAAAAGAUUUUAAAAGUUAACAUUUCCCCAUUAAUAAUCUAAUGGGGAUAAAAUAAAUUGUUUAUUUUAGAUUUGUUUUGCCCACAGACUAGAAAUAAUUGUCUGCAUCUAUUUUGAUUAAUGUACACUGAAAACAAAGUGGCUGGGAAAAGGCUGGCAUCUUGAAAUAGACACUUAAUGUGACACUUAAUCAAUUCAAUUCAAUUCAGUUUAUUUUGUAUAGCCCAGAAUCACAAAUUACAAAUUUGCCUCAGAGGGCUUUACAAUCUGUGCACAAUCACCAUUCUCAAAUAAUAAAUAUAGAUGUGCCAACAGAGGUUUGCGGCAUAUUUCAGGUAGAACACUAAAGACAAAGGACAGCAUUCUGUAGCUCUCCAUAGUUAAUGAUGGAUGAGCUGAUGAAAAGUAUGACUAUUAAAAAUGUAUUCUCAGCUUUCAGAAUGUUCUGUUGUGUGUGUGUUCUAUUGUUCAGAUGAUUUUGGUAAUGUAUUGUUCAUAUAUAUUGCAUUUAUUUUUUUAUUAAAUCAAGGUUUGGAACAAAAUCCCUAUCCCUUAUGUUAAACAGGCGAUGAAAUCAGUGUCACUGUAAAUCUUUUAUUCAAGUGGAAAAGUCUUUAAGAAUUUGCUAUUACAAUAUACACUGGUUCCCAUUUUGUCAGAUUUACCCCCACAGCCCUAUCAGAUGAAACCCAGCCCUUUAUCAUCACCCGCCAUCUUCCUUGUGUGUUUGUUUGAACAGAUGUUGAAGUGGAUGUUUUUACCGGUUUCAUUUAAAGUGGAUAUUGUUUAUUUUCUUUUUUUCA